AUGACCGUGGCUAGUGACAAUAAGUUAGAAGACAACACCAAUGAAGCUUUCUUGCUGCAGAAAAGUCUUAGUGAAAAAGUCUCCCUAUACAGAGGUGAUAUCACAGUGCUUGAGAUUGAUGCCAUAGUUAAUGCUGCUAAUUCAAGUCUUCUUGGAGGAGGUGGUGUGGAUGGAUGUAUACAUAGAGCUGCUGGUCCUUGUCUAGUUGCUGAAUGUCGCAGUCUGAGCGGUUGUGAAACUGGACAAGCCAAAAUCACUUGUGGUUAUGACCUACCAGCAAAAUAUGUCAUUCACACUGUGGGACCUAUAGCUCGAGGACAUAUUAGUGACAUCCAUAAAGAAGAUCUGGCAAAUUGCUAUAAAACCUCCUUGAAACUGGCAAAAGAGAACCUCAUCAGAUCAAUUGCUUUCCCAUGUAUCUCAACAGGCAUUUAUGGUUUUCCAAAUGAGCCAGCUGCAGUCAUUGCACUUACUACAAUCAAGGAGUGGUUAAGCAAGAAUGAUAAUGAGAUGGACCGUGUCAUUUUUUGUGUAUUUUUGGAAGUUGACUACAAAAUUUACAAGAAGAAAAUGAACGACUUCUUCCCAACAGAGGGAGCUGAGAAGAAAAGUCACUCUCCUUCACCCGUGAAAUGCAAAGCCAAACCGUCUGAGAAUCUGGAGGAUGAUAAUGAGGGUGAGAAUGGAACAGAAGCGAAGCCAAGCAGUGACGAACUGGAGCAACAGAGCCAAGAAACAGAUGAGGCAGUAUCUACAAUUCCAAGCAGCCCAGCAGAUGGAGAAGAGAACCUGGGCAAGGAAAAAGAAUCCCCAGAUACAAAAGAGCCUAAUCCAGUGCCUCAUGCAACAUGUGAAGAAGAUCAAACUGAUGGACUGCAAGAUGAUUCCACAGAAGUUGAAAUGAAUACUCAGGCAGAUUCUCAGAUCUCUUACAUGGAAGCUGAAGAUACUUCGAUAACCCAGGAGGAGACAAUAAAGGAAGAGAAAACUCAGGAUCCUGAAGUAGAUAAAACUAAUCAGGAGAACAAAGGACAAGAUAAAGGUGCCGAAGAAGAGAAAGGAAAGCAGGUGAUGGAUUCCGUGCAGCCUGAAGGGCCAUGCGAUACAGAAAACAUUUCAACAAGUAUUGAUGUUGAAAUGAAUAGUCAAGUUGAAAACCUAGAAGAGCCUACACAAUCACAGACAGAAAAUUAAUCUCAGGAAGACCAUGAUGACAGAAGAAAGCAGGAAGUGACCGAAGAUCUGCAGUCACUAGUGCAUUAUGUGAUGACAUUCUGACUAACAGACAGCAGCACACCAUGGAGUGCAAAAUAGGGAGGGGGAGGGGAGGGCAGGGCAAUUAAGGGAUUUGACUGAUUCUUUAUAUUUGUUUCUCUUCUCCUGUUCAGUUGGUUUGGUAGAUGACACGAAGCUUCUCUACUAUGGAUUGUAGAGUCUUGGUUUAGAUUUAUUUGCCUCAUUCCUAUCUGUUCUGCCUCUCCUUUUAAAAUCCUAAGGCCCCAUUCUUCUGUGUAUAUAUUGUUAGCUUUUAAAUACUGUCUCUCAGUUGCAAUUCCUCUUCAAGGCAACAUAGGCAAAGGAUGUUUUAAGCAUUGUCCUUUAAGAGUCUGAGGGUUUCUUUGGAGUGUUCACAAAGCACGUACAUCUGUCAUUACUCCCAUGAAGUAAAGAUGCUGGCAGUACUAAUAUCCUUUGAUCUGUUGGUAAAGUCAACUUGCCAAGGCUAGCACAUAAACAUUUCAGCUUGGUAGACUUUUCCUAAAGCCAGUAUCACUACAAGAAUUAAGGGUGAAUAGACAUGUUACUGUGAAUAAAGAUUUGAGGGUUACUAAUGUCAAAAUUACAACCUCUCCAUCGGGGACUGACAAAAAACAAUUCCAGUCACAUGGCUGAUACCCCAUGCAGAGAUUCUCUAUGCAAACUAGAGGCUGAAAGGCACUUCUAAAUGGAGAUUGUCCAUAAUCAAACUAAAUAUAGAUUACAACUCCUGCGCAGAGUUGCCCUCACACGAAGUGCUAUUCAGCCAUCUCCAGAUCAGAGCUAAUGACAUUUGAAUUAGCCCCCAGACUGUUUUAACUCAGACCCAGGAGAAUAACUAAGUUAUCCACAGACAGAAUGCAAACGUGUGUUAUGGAAAAUACAUCUCUCAAUAAAUAAGAGUCAGAGUACCGAAGAAAGGAUCAUCCAUGUUCAGGAGAAUAACUUUCUUUGAUCCCCAAAAUCAGGACAUGGAUUUCUUUUUCCUGCUUGUAAGCAUCCCAAGACAUGGAGUAUGUCUAACGGGUUUGAUUUUUUUUUAUAGGACAAACAAUCUCCACAAUUAGCCAAUUCCUUGCAAAUCUACUCAUGGCACAAAACCUUUUAUCUAUCCUAGUGGUAUUUCUCCACAGCUCAAUAUUGCAUUGCCUACUAAUAGGUGAGCAUCUCUGGAGUAUUUGGACAUGUCUAAAGUACCUAUUAAUUCUAGUGCCCUCUGGGUGAGAGGGGUUGCAGAUACUCUGCAUCUCGCACACGGUAUAGUAUGGCUUGUGGCUUUAACAAUUUCAUGCCUACUCUUGUUACAUUUUCAACUGCAUAUGCACACUUUUUAAAUACAUAAAAUGCAAUUAACAGAUAUUGGUGAUGAAUGUUGUACCAUAUGUCAUCUGUUUUGCUAGCAAAUGCUGGGCUCAACUGAAAAACAGAAUUUUACAUUCAUUUUUCAACUACAUUGUAAAUUAAACUGAUACCCUACUUGCAAGAUUGAAAGAACACUCAGCAUGGGUCCAAGGCUUGAUAUUCUGUAAACUAGUUUCCAACUGCUGUUAAAAACAAUUACAGGAAGGUUUUUCUGUAUUAUGAGAUGCUGGUUUUGCGUAAUUAUGCAUAUGUACCUUCUUCCAAACUUUUAAAAAUAAUUCCAAAUAUAACAAAGGUUAUAUUUGACAUGAAAGGAAGCUGAAAUCUACCAGCCUUGGCUUACUUGUAAAUAUCUCCAACACAAAUCUCAUAUAAAUACUAACCAUUGUUUAUGCUUACACUAGACUACCCAAAUUGGUUCAUGAUAUCUAAUUUGUAGAAAAAUUUUAAAAAAUGAAAAUUGGUUUCAAAUACAUACAUAGAUUUGUUGCCUUAUAAGCAAUAUUUAUGUAUUCAAAAACCAUCGCGUUCUAAAAAUAUGAUACUUUCAACUAUUAAUUUCUCUUCUCUUUUUGAGCCAUUCAUUACAUUGGUGACCUGAAAAUUUCCUUUAAGUUACCAUGUAAGCACAGUGUCAUCCAGAUUAAUAUGAAUUUAGAUUUCAAUGAAAUAUAUAAAAUGUUUGCUUACACUUAUAUCAAUACCAACUGGUAUUUUUGAUAUGCUUACUAAGAAUGUAUAUUUAGCCCCCCAUUUAUCCAUGGAGCACAUGUGCCUCUUUUCUUCUCCAUUCCUACUUGACGCGUCCUAUUUCCCUCUAGUUCUCCUUGCCACUGAGCUGUCAUUUCUGUUUCAGCUUACUGUGAUUCAAAGACCUAAGUUAGCUUCCAACAUGAAUUAUUACAAUUCAACAAAAGCAACAAAAUCAAAACAAGUGAGGCAACCUUCAUUUCAUGGCUCUCCUUGCCCAAUUGGAGUCAUGCAUGGAAAGAGAUUUUUUUUUUAAAAAAAAUAUUUUUUUUACAAUAUGUGAUACAUGAUGGGGGUUUAAAAAGAAUUGUAGCCUGGAUUCCUCUGCAAGCAAAUUUGGGAAAGAAAUCCUUCAUCCUUUUCUCCAAAGAAAGAAAAGAAAAAAUUGCAAAGCGAGACAGAAGUAUUGGGCUUGUAUAAACUUUACAAGGUGGCCAAGACGUCUUUCCUAGCUUGUGUUGAUCCUUUAAUACUUCAGACAUGCUUUCAGCAUCAGCGAGCACUUUGAAGUGAAAAAGACUUUUCUAUCCCACUUCUGGAAUUUUAAGAGACAUGGUCAUAAAACGUUGCAUGGUCACAUGGUUGCUCCUUGGAAUGCCAAGAAAGAGGCCCCAAAUUGCCGCUAGAGUAAGCGGGGGAACCUCUGUUGGUGGCGGAAGAGAGAAAUGGAAA